UAUUUAUUUUCGCUCGCUCCGUCUGCUUCAACGGCUAGCAGAUUUGAAAGUCGAUUUCAAAAAUGCUCCACCAACCGCCGCCCCACAGCAUUAAGCUGAUGACGGGCGCCGAAGAAAACAGACACUAUCUGCGCAUCUUCAUACAGACCUACAGAGAUCUGCCCGUUCUCUGGGACACAUCGUUGCGCGACUAUACGAAUCGGGAAAAGCGCGCGGAGGCUUAUCAGCGGUUGGUGCCCAUUUAUCAUUAUCUAAAGCGCGACGCAACCGUGGAGGACGUAAAGAAGAAAAUAAAUACGCUACGCACCAACUAUCGCAAGGAACUGAAGGUGGUGGAGAGCGCCAUAAGAUCGGGAACGCUGCACACGCCGCGCUGCUGGACAUUCCAAGAGUUGGAUUUUCUGCGCAACACUGAGAAAUUCCUAGCCGUGAAUCCCACUUUCAAGAACGAGCCCUUUUCAUUCAACGAGAACUCCAGCUCCACCACCAGCUUCAUGGAGCAGCAUGGCAAUAGUGGAGUUGCAGCCGCAGCUGCUGCCGCUCUGCAUUAUCCAUAUCGCGGAGCUGGCGGACAGACACCCAACAUAUCGGAAAUGUUUCACAAAUCAUUCGGGCAUGUGCAGAAAGUGGAAAUACUGCCACCGCCACCACCACCAUCUAGUGUUGGCCCCAUGUCCGCGCAUCAGUCCACGCAUGCGGAUUAUGGAACACCGAAGCGGGCGCGUCAAACCCCACCCUGUAACUCCGGCGGCAGCAAUAACAACAACAACAGCAGCAACGUCAACGUAAGCACCCACAAUACGGAUGAGCUGCUCAAUAUUGCGUGUGAGUAUCUCGCGGGCACAUAUCCUGAGGAGGAGUCCAUAGCACGCACCUGGACGCACAAGUUGAAGCGAUUGCCACGCGAUCAGCGACUGCUGGCCGAGAAGUUUAUCAAUGAGAUACUGUUCGAGGCGGAGUCCUCCAAUUUGCAUCGCGGCUCCGUCCAGAUCAACAAUAGUUUCGAGCCCUUCGUGCGUUUCGAGGAGCCGACGGCCUGCCAUGAGGAACAGGACAAGUCACAAAGUCCCAGCGUUCAUACGUCCACAGAGUCCACGCCCAAGUCCAGUAAUGCUGUGGCAUCCACAGCUGGUGCCCUGGGUGACGGGCACAAUGUGGGCGGAGGAGCGGGCUCAGCAGGCGCAGCUGCAGGCAGCAACGCUGGCUUGGUCAGGGAAUUCUGAAAUUAAGCUUAAAAGUAACCCCUUGUAGUUGAUAAG